AUGGCUGCGGAUGAAUCGGCUUAUGGUGCCUCGAAAAUUAAAAGAACUGCGUCUAGUAGCAGUAGUAUCGAAACAACAGUAACAAAGUUGCUAAUGUCAACUAAGCAUCUUCUCCAAAUUCUGACUCAAUGGUCCAAAGGAUCAACUUCCGGUAAAUUGGUAUCUGACGCAUACGUUCAGCUCGGUAAUGACUUCAAAGUCGUGUCGAAGUUCUUCACGCACGCUAAAGUUGAUAUGUCGGAUGUGGGUGAUGUUCCAAUGGCUUUGAGACGUGUUUUGGAGGUAACCUUGAGGGAACCACCAUCUGACGAAACUUUGAACAAGCACCUACCAAAAAUCAGAGAAAUCAUAGUCACGCUUUUGGACAAACUGAAAGUUAAACAAGCUAUUUUAAAGAAUAUGCAACAGGAGCAUCGGAUAAGUAUAAAAUCGCAUCAUCAACAAAAUCCUUCAUUUACUAGCAAUCUUUCCUUAGGAAGCGAAGGUACCCGCGAAGGGACUCCACUAAGUAGUAGAAAAAGUAGUAUUAUACACGAUCAAAGAAGAAGCGCUUCAAAAGUAGAUACGAAUGAGGUAAAGGUAAAUCACUCUUCGAUAGAGGUGCCAUCAGUCUCACCACCCAAGGCAAAUUUGGUCCAUCCAGUAAUUAAGCCGUCUUCAAAAUCCAACGAAUCAAGCGUAUCAGACGACGAUGAUGCGCUUUCUCAAUUAAAGAAAGGCACUAAUCUGCAAAGAAGAGCAUCAAAGAGAUAUUCAGCAUAUCAUAUGGCUAAAUUGACUAACCAGUCCACUACAGAGGCUGCUGCUGCUGCCGGUCUUACAUCAGUGCCAUCCCCUUCAAUGUUGCAUCUCGAAGAAACUGUCAGAAAAUCGAAACUUUACGGAAAUACCAGUAAUGAUGAUAAUAUUAAUACCUCUGUGGAAAAUAAUAAUAAUGGGGCUGAUGAUACAUCCGUGGUUAAUCCUGAAACAUAUUUGAAGAGUCCAUCAAUGAAGAGCCCAUCAAUGAAGGCAGCAUUUUCUACUGAGAACGUUAACGCCUCUCCUCAAAGGCUAUCCAGUGUUGUUACAACUUCACCAGGAAAAAUUGUUAAUGGAGCCUGCCCAAUUUUCUUAAAAGUGGGGGACAAAAUAAAGAAGUGUCAUAUUCAACUUCCCACCACAAAAAAAGCACUAAGGCUGCUCUUUGUUGAGAGAUUUACUUAUUCCCCUGGCGCAAAUGCCUUCCCCGACAUAUACAUAAUGGACCCCCACUAUGGAAUAUUCUAUGAAUUGGAGGAGCAAAACCUUCAUGAGGUUAAAGCAGGGUUUGUUAUUGAGCUGAAGCUUGAAGAAGAUUCUACGAAUAACAUCAAGAAUCUUUUUGACACAAUUAAGGCAGAAAUAUCAAAAAGUCAAAAUGAUAUAAUAAGGCGCAUAAAAGAAAUAAAUGUUAGUUCAGGAACUGCUAAUGAGCACAAAACUACACCACAACCAGGUCUUGACGUUGAAAACUCAAAAAGUACUAUAGCAGACAAAAAGGAUGACAAAUCUGUCAAGGAUAUUCAGUAUGAGCUGGGGAAAAUAAAACAAGUGCACAAUAACAAUAGAUCACAUAUCGACGAAACGAUUAUCAAUAUCUUAAAGAAAGUCGACAAAUUCAAAUCUUUAUCAUUCUCCACCAAGAAUUCUUCAAACAGAAUAUACAUGGAAAAAUCGCAAACUGAACUUGGCGAUUUAUCAGAUACUCUUCUAAGUAGAGUAGAUGAUUUGCAAGAUGUGAUCGAAAUCAUGAGGAAAGAUGUUGCUGAGCGUAGGUCACAGCCUGCUAAAAAGAAACUAGAAACUGUGUGUAGAGAUCUAGAUAACGCUCAAACUGAUUUAGCAAGGCUACAAGAGUUUAUCGAUACUGAAAAACCACAUUGGAAGAAAACUUGGGAAGCUGAGCUAGACAAGGUUUGUGAAGAGCAGCAAUUUCUUACAUUGCAAGAGGAACUGAUUCUUGAUUUAAACGAGGAUUUAGGCAAAGCGUUGGAAACUUUUGAUCUUAUCAAGUUGUGUUGUGAGGAGCAAGAAAAGAACCCUUCAAGAUCAAAGAACAAUCCUAUCUUGCCGAUUAUGAGACCUGGUACCUUCAGCCAGGUUAGAGAGCAAGUCAUGGUGGCCGUUCAAUCUUUAAAUCCUGAUCAUGACGGUAGGGUUGAGGCUAUUGAUAAGGCUGAAAAGAUGUGGCAGAUGGAAAGAAAACUCAAGGCAAGUAACGAAUUUGAUGAAGAACUGGAAACCUUUGUAGGUAGUUCAAACCUAAAAAAGUCUGGAGGCUUUGAAGAAGUAGAAAGGAUAAGGAAACAAAAGGAUGAGGCAAAUUUAAGAGCAAAUUUUAAGCCCGGGUUUAGUUGA